AUGGCGACCAACGCGACUAUGGCUACGACCAACAGUACCAACGUAGUCAGUCCGCAAGGUGGAAUCCUUGAAGGUGGCAACCCAAGCCACUAUGACCCCAAGAACCCACUGGUGUUGUUCAUUAUCCAGGCCGUUAUAAUUAUCGUGCUAUGCCGCAUAAUCCACUGGCCCCUCUCGAAGAUCCGUCAGCCUCGAGUGAUCGCUGAGGUUAUCGGCGGAAUUGUUCUGGGCCCAUCGGUGAUGGGUCGUAUCCCCGGAUUUACUGACGCCAUUUUCCCGACCGCCAGCAUCCCCAGUCUCAAUGUAGUCGCCAAUCUGGGCCUGGUACUCUUCUUAUUCUUGGUCGGUCUCGAGACUGACCUUCGUUUCCUGGUCAGUAAUUGGCGGGUCGCUUUGAGUGUGUCCGCUGCGGGCAUGAUCUUGCCGUUCGGGUUGGGCAGCGCUAUCUCAUAUGGCCUCUAUCAUGAGUUCCACGGCGAUCCCGGUACCAAGCCCAUUGCCUUCGGUACCUAUCUACUGUUCAUCGGUAUCGCCAUGGCCAUCACGGCUUUCCCCGUGCUGUGUCGUAUCCUCACUGAACUUAAGCUGCUCUCAACCCGGGUCGGUGUUAUCGUGCUGUCUGCCGGUGUUGGCAAUGACGUGGUGGGCUGGAUCCUACUUGCGCUGUGCGUCGCUCUCGUCAACGCCGGCAAUGGCAUCACGGCUCUAUACGUGCUGCUAGUCUGCGUCGCCUACAUGCUCUUUUUGACUUUCGUUUUCCGCCCGCUGUUCCUUCGCUUCCUUGAGAAGACCGGCAGCCUACAAAAAGGACCCAGUCAGUCGGUGGUGGCCCUCACCCUACUUAUCGCGCUGGCUUCUGCCUUCUUCACACAGGUUAUUGGUGUCCACGCCAUUUUUGGAGGCUUUGUUAUUGGCUUGAUCUGUCCGCACGAAGGCGGCUUUGCUAUCAAGCUCACUGAGAAAAUUGAGGAUUUGGUCGCUGCCAUUUUCCUGCCCCUUUAUUUCACCCUGUCCGGUCUGAGUACCAACCUGGGCCUCCUUGACUCUGGAAUCGUCUGGGGUUAUGUGGUCGGUGUAAUUGCCAUCGCGUUCAUCGCGAAGGUCACCGGAGGUGCUGUUGCGUCGAGGCUCUGUGGCCUUUUAUGGCGUGAGAGCUUUUCGAUCGGUGUGUUGAUGAGUUGCAAGGGUUUGGUGGAACUAAUCGUGCUGAACAUUGGCCUUCAAGCCAAAAUUUUAAGCACUCGCACAUUUACAAUUUUCGUCGUGAUGGCCUUGGUCACCACAUUCCUUACUACACCACUAACCACAUUGCUGUAUCCAAGGUGGUACCAGGUCAAGGUCGAGCGAUGGAGACGCGGGGAAAUCGACUGGGAAGGUAACACUAUCCAGAGCGAUGACCGCAAUGACAGCGUUGCUCUUGCCAAGGGUCAAUUAAAGACCGUCCCAGUACGCAAGCUCCUCGUCUACCUUCGUCUCGAUGGUCUUUCGGGUGUCUGUACUGUAGCGGCCCUCCUCAGCUCAAAGCGACGUGGCUCCGUGUCAUCGCGCAUUCAUCCCGCAAAGAUGCCCAAGCAAACCGAGCAAACCGUUGAAGAUCCUAUUACCUCAGAAGAGGAAGAAACCCUCACACUCAAGGUGCACGGUGUUCGGUUAAUGGAAUUGACCGACCGUGAUUCCAGUGUCAUGAAGGUUGCUGCUGCGGGCGAGCAUGCGCUGUGGGAUCCGGUGGUCAACACUUUCCGCGCCUUCGGAGACUGGCAUGAUCUCUCGCUCAUGGCUGGUGUAUCUGUCGUUCCUGAGCACUCUUAUGCAGAUACCGUCAUCGGAAUGGCACAGCAGGACACCGCAGACAUGCUCCUUCUCCCCUGGAGCGAGACCGGAACACUGGCCGAUCGCCACAGCGGGCUGGAGAUCGACGACGCAAACCGUUUCUCCAACGGCGCCUACACAAGCUUCGUCUCCGAUAUCCUAGCGCGGGUCACAGGCCAUGUCGGUAUCCUAAUCGAAUACAGCUCGGCUCCGGCCUCGUCGAAGCGACCCAUGAUCUCACGCACCCCCAGCGGUAUGAGUCUCCAGGGCUCUGUCUUCGCCCGCCAGCCAACCGGCAGCCGCUCCCAUCAUAUUGUCCUUCCAUACUUUGGUGGCGAUGACGACCGCUUCGCUCUUCGGUUAGUCCUGCAGCUCGCUAAGAAUGAACAUGUCACUGCGACUAUUAUUCAAAUUAGUGGGCUGAGCAGUAAUGGCACCAAAACAGGUGUGUCAACUACAAUAUCUGCCUCAAGCUCAAGUGGGCUCCCCGCGUCCGGCUCUCAAGCCGACUCGAUCUUCUUCGAGACUCUCCGUGAUUCAGUACCGGAAGAACUUGAAGAGCGCAUCGUCUUCCUCCAGCCAGCUGCCAACGAUACCAUCACCGACCCCGUCCAAAUGGCCGUUGUCUCUGUGCGUGAAGAACUUAACCAGAUGUCCAACAAGGGAAACAACAUUGUCAUCGUUGGCCGUCGUAGUAUCUCGUCUGAGAUCGAGCUGGGUCUUGAGGACGGUCUUGGUCAUGAUACCCGCCGCGCUCUGGGAGCUGUCGGUACUGCGAUGCUACAGCCCGAGAGUAAGAUUUACGGCAGUGUGUUGGUGCUGCAGGCUGGUACCGACACUGGCUUGGCUGAUUACUAUCACUGA